AAAUCAGCUACUCUCAUCUCUAAGCCAAAUAAAUAUUCCGUCGCUGUCAAAUCAAUUUUCGUUCGUCUUUGUCGAAGAAAAUAAAUCGGUGAAUCAACUUCGUGGAUUAUUUUAAAGUGCUAUUUAAACAUGACUUCUACGAUGCCAAACGACGGUGAUAGAAACGAGGAGCGUCGACGCCGGGUGUUGCUGGGCCCACUACCAGCUGGUUUCCUGCGGGCUGACGGAGAGACUGCUGCAGACAAUGCCAUGGAUGCAGACUAUCAAGCCGCAUUGGCAUUACAGCAACAACUAUGUGGGGCUCAGGUCCCCGCUGCAGGCCCGCCACUGACAGCGAGGCUGAGUAUCACCAUAGCUCAGGCAAAGUUGGUUAAAAACUAUGGUUUGACCCGUAUGGACCCGUACGUGCGUCUCCGCGUGGGGCACUGCAUCUAUGAGACCCACACGGACCCCAGUGGCGGCAAGACUCCUCGCUGGAAUAAGGUCAUACACUGCUUGCUGCCCCCCGGUGUGAACUCGGUGUACCUGGAAAUCUUUGACGAGUGCUCUUUUACCAUGGACGAGCUGAUCGCCUGGACUCACAUUACUAUUCCUCAGGCGGUGCUUAAUGGCGAGACGCAUGAGGACUGGUACCCGCUGAACGGGAAGCAGGGCGAUGGUGUUGAAGGCAUGAUCAACCUCGUCCUCAGUUAUUCUGUGGGACCAGCGGCCGUGGCAACCUUCCCCCCAGUCCUGGUAGUGCCCAGCACGGGCAUGGGCUACGCCGCCAUGCCGGUGUACCCGCAGCAGCACCCCGUGCCCGCGCAGCCCCCGCAGCAGAGGCCCCAUCCGCCCCCACCGCCCCCUAUCACACCUGAACAGAUACAACAGAUAGAAGAAAUGUUCCCAAGCAUGGACAAGGAGGUGAUAAAGUCCGUGUUGGAAGUGAACCACGGUGACAAGGACGCCACCAUCAACUCUCUCCUUCAGAUGUCCGAAUAGUGACGUCACACAACGGGACACUGGACGGUACUCGCCGAUGUUACAUUAUAUUUCAAAUUAAUUCUUAAUGGUUCAUUUUCUUAGCGUUGUUUUUUGCAAACAAAGGGAGCUUGGUGCAAGCAUAAGUCUUUAAAUCCUGGCAAGAUUUAAUAUAGAGAUAAUAAUAGAUUUUUGAAGUAAAACUUCUUUAGGCGCGACUAGAGCAUGGAUGUUGCGGAUGCGGAUGUCGAGAUUAGGUACAUAAAAAACGUCAAAUAUUACACUGUAGUAAUUUUUAUUAAAAAAAAAAACGAAACUUAGUAUUUGAACAAGAAUAUAGGUGCCUGGAAAUCGCAUUACUAUACUAAGGUCCAAAUAAAAUAAACUUUUCACUUCUUUUCGCUGUCCGUCAUAGGCAAGUGCUCGAUCGACGAAUCACAAUAACGAAACGAGAUUCCUAUUGGCUAAUGACGAAAAUACCUAGCACUUACACCGCCGCUAAGAUGUUCCUGUACCUACCUGUUCUACAUCCGCAUCCGCACUAAGCUCCGCAUCGAUUUUAUGCGGAUGUUGAAAAUAAUGCGGAAGUUCCGCGGUUGCGGAUGUGGAUGUGAAUAUUCGCAACAUCCCUGGACUAGAUGGUAACUCAGAUUUUUUUCUGACGGAAGUAACGCUCAGUAGUGACACACGUCAAAGUGCCAACAUAGCGAUAAACGUCAUCGUCAAAGAAGUUUUACUUCAAUCGCGCUUCGAGCGCCAUCUUGAUAGUUAGCAUCGUGAUUAAUUACUUUGUUUUUUGCUCAUUAAUAUUGUUUAAAGUGUAAUAUCGAUAGCUUAUUAUACAGUAAACUAAUGUGGUAGUGUGCAGUGAAUGGAGAAUUAAUUUUGAAGCGCGUUUAACCGUUUAAACGUUCUUGUAAAGUCUAGCUAUCGAUUUACAUGAGCUAACAAAUCACCGUACACUGUCUUGUACAACCGUACAAUUUUUGUCGUUUUUAAACCUCUUAAUACCUUGAUACUGGCGAAAUAGUCCCACUGGGCUGAUGAAGCCAUAAUUUUAAAAGAAGAAGAAGAAGAAGCGCGUAAAGAUUACACGCACACACUUUUUUUACACCAAACUCGGGUUAAAGCCAUUGAAACGUUUUACAUUUUUAAUUUUUGAAAUCUGUUAAAUAUGCUUUCAAACUUAUAUCGUCUAGUAUACGUUCAGUGUCAUAUUCGAGUAUUAUACAAUACUUACAUAAUAUAAGCGCUUAGCAUCCGCUUUUACAUCUCUCUCUUUGAGUCUCAUAUUAAAGGUAAAUUUUUGUUCGAUAACAAAAGUACAUAAGCAAGUAACAUAUGUGACGUUUUCAAGCAAAAGGUACCACAUUUUCGCUUACCAUAAGGACGAAAAUUGAUUGUAUCUUACAAAAAAACCUGUGAGAGCGUCCUUAUGGCAAGCGACAAUGUGGUACCUUUUGCUUGAAAACGACACAUAUUCAUUUCUACAUAAACAAAAGUUUAUCAUGUAUAUGCGGCUUUAAGAGCAUUACCUUAAUCAGAUUAAGAAUUUAGAUUUAAAUGUGCCAUUUUCAAUCAAAAGGGUACUUAUUGUCGGUUGUCAAUAAGGCGCUAUUUCCAUACAGCUUCAAUUUGAAAUCAACAUUAUUUGACAAGCGACAAUGUGGUACCUUUUGGUUGAACAUGUUACAAAUAAGCUGUAUAAACUCAUUACAAAAACGUUAAUAAUAAUAGGGGAAAAUUAUAAUCAAAAGCAUAGACAAAAGAAUACUGACUCGUCAAGUAGUACAAAAUAUAGCAGUAAAGACAGUGUAAGUAGAUGGCGCUGUACGGUAUCAUUGGGAUUGUCAAACGUUUGCGUUCGACAACAUAGUUACUGCAUUAUUAUUAAAACGCCAUCUACAUCAGCUGUCAAAUUUGAGGCUAUAAAGUUUUUCAUUCGUUUACUCAUCUUGGUAUUAUAUUGUCUAUGUUGAAAACGAUAGAAAAGCCCCAAAAAGUUUAACAUUUUUAGUCUACAAUAGGUACCGCGUUUACAAGAAUAGCAAAAUUAGCAAAUGGGGCAUUUUCUAUGAAAAGGGACUUUAUUGUCGAUGGCGCUUACGCCGCACAGCGCCGCGCGGCAUUGUAUUUAUAUCGGAGCAUCGUUUAUAAUGGCGUAAGCGCCACCGACAAUAAGGUCCCUUUUUAUAGAAAAUACCACAAAUAGUUCAGAUAUAAAGACGCUUUUUAAUCUUUUUAUAGAAAUAAUCGGCCUUAUUAUUAUAAAUAAUAGCUUCAUUUUGCACUAUUAGUAACAUCAAAUAAGAAAUCAGUCUAUUUAAAUCAACAUUAUAUACUAAGUUUUUAAAUACUAUAAAUUGUCAAAGAAAACGUUGUUUAAACAAUUAUUUUCUUGUUUAUGACAUUAAAGUUUUUAAUAAUCCCAAUCCCAAGGCAAUGGAUUAUUUCACAUUCCACAUUUUUACUACUCUAUUAUAUGGCUCCUAUACACGAUGGCCCAGCGCUGGACCAGCGAGAUGGCCAUGCGAUGGUUGAGAGACUUGAGAGCACGCACUAUGGAAUGGGCCACGUUGAUGCGUAGAGUUAAACAAAGUAAAGUCUGCAACGAUUUUGAUAGCAUACGCAGUGCAAGUGUUAUUUGUACGUCAUAAUUGCAUAGAAGUUUGACGUUUAAAAUAACACUUGCACUGCGUGUGUUAUCAAAAUUGUUGCACACUUUUCUUGGUCUGACUCUACGCACCAUCGCUGGCCCACUACCUUUGAUGUGCGGACGAAAAACCGACACCCUGGCCAUCCCAUCGCCAUCCCGCCGCGCCAUAAUCCAUCCGACACCACUACCCUCUCUACACGCUGGCCCAUCUUAGUGGGCUAGUAUGAUGGCCCAUCGUGUAGAGGAGCAAUUAAAUGUGCCAUUCUCAACCAAAAGGGUACUUAUUGUCGGUUGUCAAUAAGGCGCUGUUUCCAUAUAGCUUCAAUUUGAAAUCAACCUUAUUGACAAGCGACAAUGUGGUACCUUUUGGUUGAAAACGUCACAAAUAAUACAUAAUGACGUCGUAAACGAGAAAAUUGUUGAUAUAUUUGCUAAUUGAUACCUAUAACAUUUUAAUCAUUUUAAGUUUUUUUACCUACUUAUAUUAAUUUCGAGCAUCGACAAAGCAUUUUGCUCAAUUUAUUUUAUUGGCAAUAACACCAAAUUCAACAUUACAGUAGAAUAUUAAAUGGUUAUUUGUUUGGUAUAUUUAACAAAUGUAAAUAUAUACAACACUCUAUAAGGCGGUCGGUCUAGAGAUGGGCGGAAUAUUCCGUAAUUAUUCGGUAUUCAGCAAGUUUUAAAGUGUUCGUAUUCGGCCAAAUUAUUCGAUUAAAGUGCCGAAUAUUCGGCAAAUACUUUUUAAUAUGUUUUUCUUAUUGCAACACUGUAUCGCUUUUCGCUAAUAUUUUUGCAUAAUAUUAUUUGGCAGAAAACCCUAACCUCUAACCCAUUUAGAAAAUUCUGUCAAAUGAAUAUUAUGCGAAAUUACUAUUAUGGCAAGUAUAUAUUUAUGCGAAAGUAUUAUUCGACUUAAAGGCCCUAUUGGCAAAAGGAAAGUAGGAAAGCCAUAUAAACGAUGGCUGGACGAUAUAAAAGAAACUGCAGGGAAAGACUGGCUAAACAAAGCGGAAGACAGGCAGAAAUGGAGAGAAUUGGAGGAGGCCUACACCCGAAGAGGGGUCCAAAUUAAAUAAAUCGAUAGUAAAUAGAAUACAUAAACCUAACACUAACUAUAAGAAACUUACUAACCAGUACGCUAAAACUUCUAAUGUAAACAAACUGUAAAUUGUAAAUAAAAGGCUUUUUAUUUAUUUAUUUAUCAUUCGACUAAAAGUUUUCUGCGAUACGUGUUAUGCGAAAUGUUAUUUCUGACAAAUAAUAUUCUGCCAGAUGAGGGUAACCCGUUUUGAUUAUUUGUACAUUAAUUUCCAGACAAUUGCCAAGGAGCGAUUCAACUUUAGCUGCUUAAUAUGUACAGUCAAGGGCAUAAAUAUAUAUUAUACAUUCCCAAAAGUUUCAAAAAUAUGUGUACGCUCUUACACCUUAGACACACAUAUUUUUGAACCAUUUGUCUGGAUCGAUAUUUUUGCCUUCAACUGUACAUAAUUGAAGCGAAUGGAAUGGUUUAUUAGUAUGUUAUGUUAAAUAUGAACCGAAUAAUUCGGUCGAAUAUUCGUAUUCGGCAAACUUUAUCUCUCUGUCCAUCUCUAGUCUUUACAUUGGAUGCGGAACCAGUUAGGAUGUUUCACUAGACACAGAAUUGUAGAUAACACUUUACGUACACGUUAUGAAAUAGACGACAGAUAGAAGUGUUAAAUAAUUUUAUAAUUAUUGUUGUAUAGGUUUAGAUCGCUGACGGAAGACAUUAUAUAAAAUAUGGUAAUGUGUAUUAGACCUGUAAGCUAUAUUUGUGGUAUUUUCUAUUAAAAUGGACCUUAUUGUCGAUGGCGCUUACGCCAUUAUUAACGAUGCUCCGAUAUAAAUACAAUGCCGCGCGACGCUGUGCGGCGUAAGCGCCAUCGACAAUAAGGUCCCUUUUCAUAGAAAAUGCCCCAUUUUAACUCUGUUAUUUUGUGUUUUGUCCAGUAGCGCCUACUUUUAAUUUAAACUUUAUAAAAAAAUCUUGCAAGAAUUUUUUUCAGAAAAAAACACGCUCUAUUUAUGAUACCCUACAUAAUGUUGAUUAUUUAGUGGUUGAACUGAUUCAUAUGUCACGUUAUUGUUUUCAUGGCAUAUUAAAAUAAAAAUGUGGCUUUCCAUCACAGAAGGGUCCUUAUGCUUAAUGGCAAUAAGGGCCAUUCCAUCAGAAAUUACAACAGCAAUUGUGAUAGAAAAUUUCUUAUUGUACAUGAAGAAUAAGGACCCCUCUCUGAUGGAAAGCCACAUAUACCCAUAACAUAACCAAGGCUUGUCAGCUAAAGUGCCAAAUUAUUUGCCGUCGGUGCAAUGCUUAAAUGAAUAUUAUUGUUGUAUUUAUUUGUAAUUUUACAAUGUAUAAAUAAAUUAUUAACUACUUA